CCCACGGACGAGUCCUUUUAUUUACUUGUUACGAAAGAGAGGUCGUUGCGCAUGUGGAGUAUCCUGGCCUGCGCGGGCUCCAUCGACCCUCAAACCAUUUCGUACUUUCCAGUACGUGUUUGGCGAUCCUACUGUGCCAGUUAAUCGAAAAAGGGAACGAUAAAAUCAACGUCGAUUGGCCAAUUAACCGGCGGCCGUUGCCGGACAACAAUCGCUGUUCGCCAGACUCGCAAAAAAUCAAUCGUUAUCAGUGAUAGCGUGUUGCCAGAUUAAAAGAAUUCUCCGAUACCGGUCGCGAAUCUUGAUCUCGUACUUCGCCGUGCUCGAAAAUCUCGUUUAUCAACGCGAAGCGAUCUGCUCGACGAAAAAUAAUAAUAAUAAUAAUAAUAAUAAAAGACUGUUUGUAUACAAAGGAAAAUAAAAUCGAGUUCGAGGCGAGGCCUAUUUUAUUCAACGACGAUCCUCGGGUAAACAAACGUGCUCGAUGAUUAUCUUCGGAUCGGCGAUCGAUUAAUCUACGAAUGCAAUAUGAAUUAUAAAAGGAAAUUCUAUCGACGUAGAUGAAAACGUCAUAAAGAAAAAAGAAACGAGACGAACGUUCGAAUAAAUUCAGAGAGGACAUUCGAUAGCGUUCUAUCUACCGGGAAACGGAACGACGCCGACGUUAGUGAUAGAACAUAUUUCUUUUGUUAUGUAAAAUUUGAUAUCGCGUCGUUUCUGGAGUUGAAAGAUGUUACUUUUAAAUUACCUCCGAGCUUGCAUGGAAUUCUUAGGGUUGAGGAUUGCGUAGAUUUUCCAUUGAUUCUCGACCGAGAAGGGUUCCUUGUACAAGCUUCCAGGUGGUUUUCCUGGUGGUUAAAACGCAAACUGAUUUUGCAAAAUGCGUGACAUGGACGAUGCUGGUCUCGAUUUGUUUAAAAAACGAGGAAAAUAUAGUAGACGCGAUCACGUAGCGAUAUUGUACAGAACGAGGUAUGGUCCGGGUUAAAUUCUUCGUUAAAAAUUAAUUCGAAAUCGUUUCGUACCCGUUCGUCGUGCGAUAUUUUCGUUGCGAGAAACUUGUCGUUGAAAAUUGUUGGGCGCAAUGGUGCAGGCGCUUCUUAUCGCAGUGCGACGUGAAAAGAUAGUGCGCGCUUUAUUUCUAACCGACCUUCGUCUUUUAUGUAACCUGUAAUUUGUAACUAGGAAUUUGUAGCUUUAACGAAAUUAAUGUCGUCGUCGAUAAUCCGUAAAAUCGUAACGAUUAUUCGUUUACCGCACGAGUUAUCGGCGAAGCGAGGUAGAGUUAGGAUUCCGUUGGGAUAAACGCGAGCCAUUAUUCGAACUAUUCGUUUCGGAAAAGCGAAUAUGGGACGCGAGAGAUCUUUCAAUUAUCGACGAUUCCGAUCGAGGGUUUGGAUGCACCCGGAUUGAAACGGAAUAUGAAUAGAAAUCACGGUUCGGUGGCCACGAGAUUUUCGUCUGGCUCGGUCGAGAGUUAUUCCGUGGCAAAUUAGGUUGUUAGGGAAAUCCCUUUACGGCGCAGCCCGCUAAUGAGAUAGCAAUGCUCGAUCGUGGUUCGUCGAGGCUUCAAUGACUUUUUAAAAGCGUCGUCGCAAAUCUGGACGACAUUUGUGGGAGUUCGGUGAAUCGUAUUUGCCGGAAGUUAACGUUGGCUCGAACGAACAGCUGGAAGAAGAGAACGACAAAUUACGUUUCGAUUAAAUCUCUACAGUAUCGUGCAAAAUUUCUUUUUUUUCCGUCGGCUGCCAUAAGCGUCCCCGUCAAAUUUAGAAAUUUAUUUAAACGUUCUAGGGUAAUAACUUGUAUUUUUAUUUAACGCGAAACCUUUUGCAUAGUUAUCAACACAUUUCCUAUAACAAAAUUACUUUAUGUUUACAUAUUCCUUUUUCAUAUUUACUUCGCGCGCUUAUUAUACCCCUCUCCCCCUAAUACUGGUUACUACCGCUUUUAACUGUUUACUUUAUCUUUGGAUUAUUAUUAUCGUUGCUGUUCUGUUUAUUGUUUAUCCACCUUCUCUAUCCUAUCCUUUUCUACUAUCACAUUUCUUCGCAGACUUUUGUUCUAACUUCGACUCGUUGCUUGGUAUCUGUUCGGCUCUCUCGCUUUCAUGGACCUCUCGGUCGGCGGCCGACUUGAAACAAAAAGGUGCGUGGAUAGCGGAGUCGCUUAUUUCGAGACAACGCUGUACGAAACUCACUGUACUGUACCUCGGUAAGCGAUAUGAAAAAAAGAUGCUUGAUACCGCGAUGGUCAGACGUUAUCGUUCGCGCGCGCAGAUGUUCGUACGCGCUUUAAAUUCCACAGCAUCUACGAGCAUUACCGAGAAACGUGAAUUAUCCCGUCUCGCGGACGAGAGUGUUUCGCGCUCGCACCCGUUUGCCCGCUAUUUCGCUCGCUAAUUCAUUCGCACCCGCUAAUUGCCUGACUUUCUUCUCGACUUAUCGUCGUUUCUUGCGUCUCUGACUGAAGCGACGCUCGAAAAUCAAACGCUGAUCCGAUUUGAAAAAUUUUAAACCGCAUCGACAGUCACGUUUAUCGGUAUAGUAACGUUUAAGGUUUCGUGUGGUCGUUACUCACGAUACAAUUAAUAUUUUGUUACAUAUAAAGUACACGUUGUCCUGUAUAAAAAAAAAAAAAAAAAAAAAGACGGUUCCGUCACUUUGACGACAGAAAGGCUCACGAUCGAAAUGCACCCGUACUUGGAACCCGAGAUAGCUUCGCGGAAAAUCGUUAAAAAGUGUACGCGACGAGUAGCGACGACGGUUCGCGGAAAAAUCGAAAGUAAUCGCUGGUAGAGCGAGACGGAUCGAACUUGGACAGUUUCAGUGACCGCAAAGAUUUCGUAACCGAACAGCGAAAAAUUCCUCGAUGGUUCUUCGUGGUUUGCUGGCACCGACGGCGGCGCGAUGGACGCGAAAUAAAACGUCCAAAAGAGGGCAACAGAACCAGGUAGCUGGCCAAUUAGGAUUAUCCCGUUAUGGACCGCAGGUGAUGAGCGUGUUGUGUUUAUGCACCUCAGUACACCAGACGACUCAAAACAACGGCCAGGCUAGCAAAAUACUCGAGAGCUCGACGCCGGUUUCAUCCGAGGAAGAGAAUAUAAACUCGUCGCAGGAAAUACCCACCGACGAGCUGGCUCUAUUAGCUAAGCUGGAAGAAGCCAAUAGUUUUGUAAUGCAGAUAGCGAUUGGAUUAAAAUUGAAGGAGGUGUCUCAAGAGUUUGGUGUAAUCAAUAACAGGCUUAUCGAAUCGGAUGCAAAGUCGUUGAACUCGCUCCAAAGCAAUCACAGUAGGAAAGGUUCCGACACAUCUCAGGUGUCGGUGGCGUCGGGGGGCAGCGGAGGGAACGGCGAUGCUGCGCCCCGACGCCACAACGCAGCUGAUGGUGAAGAAAAUACGUGGACCCUGUGGGGCCAUAUCGUCGCUGAUUGGGAUUAUCAUUGGAAGAAGAGGAAAGAGUUCGUCAAAGAAUUAGUACGUCAAGGAAUACCUCAUCAUUUUAGAGGUAUUGUUUGGCAACUAUUAAGCGGUGCUCACGACUCUCCUGUUAAAAAGCAAUUCGCCGAAUAUAUCAAGGCCACGUCCGCGUGCGAAAGGAUAAUCAGAAGGGAUAUAGCCAGAACGUACCCCGAGCAUGAUUUCUUUAAGGAGAAAGACGGGCUUGGUCAGGAGAGUUUGUUUAACGUUAUGAAAGCGUAUAGUCUUCACGAUCGUGAAGUGGGAUACUGUCAAGGUUCGGGAUUUAUUGUAGGAUUGCUCCUUAUGCAGCAAAUGCCAGAGGAAGAAGCUUUCGCUGUACUGGUAGCGCUUAUGCAAGAGUAUCGUUUGCGAGACAUGUUCAAGCCGAGUAUGGCUGAAUUAGGGGUGUGCAUGUAUCAGCUAGAACAUUUAGUUGCUGACACGCAUCCCGAGUUACACGCUCAUUUCACGGCUCAAGGUUUUCACACCUCAAUGUACGCAUCAUCUUGGUUUCUUACGCUUUUCACCACAGCGCUGAGCCUACCGCUGGCUUGUCGCAUUUUUGACGUGUUUCUGUCCGAAGGCAUGGAAAUUAUUUUCAAAGUCGCGCUGGCCAUGUUACACUUAGGCAAGGAGGAUUUGUUGAGCUUGGACAUGGAGGGCAUGUUGAAGUUUUUCCAGAAACAGUUACCUGGAAAGGCCGAGAAAGAUCCCGAUGGCCUCAUGAGCCUUGCUUAUGGUAUGAAAAUAAAUCCGAAGAGAAUGAAGAAGUUAGAGAAAGAUUACACUGUGUUAAAAAUGAAAGAGCAAGAGGAAAUGGUCGAGCUUCGUAGACUUAGGGCGGAAAAUAGGUUACUUAGACAAAGAACUGAACUUCUCGAAGCUGAAUCCGCGGAACUGGCGGACAGAUUAGUCAGGGGUCAAGUAUCUCGCGCGGAGGAAGAAGAAACCGCCUUUGUUGUACAAAGGGAACUAGCAGCGCUUCGACAUACGCAUCUAGAGACCAGCCAUCAGCUCGAGCAGGCACACGAAGAGCUGAGAUCCCUGUCUCUGCUGUUAGAAGAGAACGUAACAUCGAAGCAAUCGUCUCUGGAUGAAAUUUUGUCGAAGCAAGAAGCGUUGUCGCAAAAAGAAGAGAUGAUACAGUGUUUGCAAGAGGAAUUGGUUAGGGUGCGAUUGCACGAGGCGGAGAACGAUGCUACGAUAAGGGAACUCAGAGCGAGAAUACAAGAAUUGGAGGAAGAUAAGAAAACGUUACGCGAAACCACGCCAGAUAAUUCUGUCGCUCACUUGCAGGAAGAAUUGAUCGCUGUGAAACUCAGAGAGGCGGAGGCUAACCUAUCCUUAAAGGAUCUUCGACAAAGAGUAGUGGAAUUGAGCGCUGCCUGGCAAAGGCAUCUGCAAGAGCAUCGUUCCGCCCAAACGGCACCUGCGAGCGAUUCCACGCCGAAAAAGCUUCUAUUUUGGGAAAACAGAGGCCACGAGGUGCAGAAGUUCGAAGAAGAUUUAAUGACAACUAGAAUUCGCGAGAUGGAGGCAUUGACCGAAGUGAAAGAACUUAGACUUAAAGUGAUGGAGCUUGAGACUCAAGUGCAGGUCGCCACGAAUCAGCUCCGUCGACAGGACGAAGGGGGGAAACAAGUUAAAGAAGAAUUGGAGACUGCCUUAGAUAGGGAGAAGGAGCUUACUGCCAAAUUGCGAGAGCAACAACACAAGUAUUCAGACCUAGAGUCAAAGAUGAAAGACGAAGCCAUGAUGGCUAGGAUACGCGACGCGGAACACGCGCAGCAAGUCGCGGAACUCACGCAAAAGAUAUCUCUUCUUAAGUUAAAAAAUGAAGAGAUGCAUGCGGAGGGUGAGCUUAGGAAUAAUUUAGACGACAGUGAGAGAGUAAGAGAAUUACAGGACAAAGUUGCAGAGUUGAAAGCUGAGGUCAUGAGGCUAGAAAGCUGGAAGCAACGUUGGACGGGUCACGGUGGCCAAAACGUAAGGAGCUUCAGUGUUGACACUGAAAGCGAACUAGACGAGCGGGAUCUCCGAAUUUGUUUACAGGAUCAUAUCAACGCGACUACGCCAAACUCACCAGAGAUUAUUGAAACAGAAACCGAACGAGAUAAUCGGGAGUACUUGUAAAAGUUAAUACCCAGAUAGCUCGUUCCCUUAUAGCGACUUCCUAGGACGUGAUAAUUACUUCCAACGUAAGUAGUUGCGCAGAUCAAACAUCACCGCUUUGUUCUCGACUUUCAUUUUUCAUUUUUUUUUUUUCUUAAUUAUUUUUUAUUCCAGCUUACUCGAACCCUUAACGAUCUACAAUCUCGAUUCCGCUAUUGCGUAUCACGGCGAUCGUGUCUUAAUACACGAUUCGUUAAGAAUUACCCUGCGCAAAAUGUAUUUGCUUUUACGAUCAAACGAACAGCUGACCGAUAAGGGAUGUUUUUAUCGUUCGUGACGAUAAGCUCUAAUUUUUGGACUCGUUGGGUCACAUUUUUGGUGUAUUUUAUCUGUAAGCUCUUUUAGAGCGUUCGAAAAAGCAAUAUUAAGUUAUACGUGAACUUUGUAAAUCUGUAUUUAGUGUCGGUUUUAAUUAAAAAUCGUGAGAAUUUUAGUUGUAAAUCGUUUUUAGAUGUAACGCGAUUUCAGUGUUUCUUUGUACUAAUUGGUAAGAAUUAGGGCUCCGAUACAAGUGUCAAAGUAUCCGGUUGAAGUGAAUCAUCGAAUAACGGCUACGAUAAUUUUCCUCUUUUAAUAUCGAUAGUUAACAAUUGUUAUUAUUGUUAGUAAAAUAUUGUCGCGUAACGUUGGAACGUUAAGGGUUAAACGCGUUCGCAAUGUUUUUCGCUUUGGCCUAAAUUCUGUCUGUAUACACCUUUGUUUUGUCACUUACGAUUGGCACACACGCGCGAACAUCAACGAUCGCUACCGAAAACAAGCUAAUUUUCGCACUAAUCACGUGAGAAUUCUUUACGGAGAAGUGAACUAUUACCGCUUUCGUGCACGUACGAUCAAGAAAGAAGCAUGUAUCCUUUGGAAAACAAGUUGUGCUAACCUUUGGCACAAGCUACGUAAUUGCAAACUAGGAGAGUCUUAGUUUUUAACAUUUUCAGAUAUUUCGGCAGCGAUUGAACAUGUUUUUUCGUCUAUGCAUAAGAAGAGUAUUAAGAUAAUUUCGAUACUGCCCGAUAUCACGAUAUUUAUUUAAUUCAACGAUUAUCAAAAAAAGUGAUCGACGCGCAAGGCAGUAGGGAAAUGAGAAUUAGUUGCGUUUAACUUAAAAACCAACGAAGUGCAAUCUUACGUAUAGAAGAACGCAAGUUCCCCUACUAAUAAUUGUGAUAUACGCGUAUACGUGAGUAUUUCUGAUUUAAACAAAAAAAUGAUAUUGGUCAACAAAUACACUUAGAACACCUUCGCUCAUUGCCAGGCAAUACGCGAAAAAGUAGAUCGUCGGCUUAUUGAUAUGGAUCAAUCGAUCCCUCGUAACUUUGACCAUUUGAAUCUCGAGAAAAAAGUUUAGUACGAGAAACCAUAUAACUUUGAAUUCAUUUCCGUUUAAUGAAAUCAUUCCAGAAUCGUAUUAUCGCGUAUUAUUAUUUACCAGAGUGGCAAAUAACUUCCUAAGCUAUUUUUAAUCGUAAGAAUCUUUAAAAGACUUAACAAAUUAUUUAUGAGUUUUUAUUUAAUUAAUUGUAAUCGCGUUCGGUCUUAUUUACCCUUGGACAAAUUUAUUCUAACGGAGAUACUUAUACAUAACCCUUGGAAUAAGCUUUCUGAACAACCGUGUUGUACGGUAAUUGGUUUUCGGUAAUUGGAAAGAAAAAAGUAAUCGUUUAAUUCCACCUAUAUGCUUCAAUGUUCAUGGCGUAACUUUUUCAUUAGAACUUUGCCCAGAGAGAAUGCAAUUUUUAACUCCGGUAAUUUACGUAGGUAUUUAACAACGAUUGUCUAAAACUAUCGGAGUUUCAAUUUACCCGGGAAUUUAUUGGCCACCCCUAACUAUAUCAGUCACUAUAAAGUAGAGACUUGAUCGAUGUCGAUAUAUCGUUUGUUUCGUCGCUGACAAUUGCCGGAUUGCCACUUUCAGCCGAAAGAGGUAGAGUCAAAUUGUUCGGAGACGUACGGAACGUUUUUCUUAGCACGAAAGUAUACUAGUCCACGAGUUGUAUCGUAUCACAUUGUUUGUCCCUUUCUACGCAUUUCUAUUUUAAGAAACUACCGUCAAACUCUUUAAAGCGGAUUCGUUCAAAGACUUUACGAAGCAACGACGGUAUAUCUGAAUAUUUCAGUAUCUUGUUAUUCGAAUCCUUUCGAAGUAAGCAUACAUAUUGUAUUUACGCUUACCGCCAAUUUAUUGUAAUCCCAUGUGAAAGAAUACGUAGACGGAUUAUUUGUUAGCGAUUUCUGAUUGUUGUAUACAAGAUUUUUCGACGUAUAACGCGCACACUAUGGACAACGAUAUAAAUUUGUCAUGAACAUUGUGGGGAAUAUUAUAACAUCAGGAGUAAAUAAAUUUUUAUUCACUUUUAA